AUCAUAUAAAACGCCAGGGCCGCAAGUUCCGCCCUUUCAGACACUCGAGCCAUAAAAAUGUCCAUUCUACCGACUUUAUUCAAUUUCUAUGGCAGGUAGUUCAAUGCGGAUUCAUAGAACAUCGAUACGUUUCGUGGCUUCUCGUCGUUUGGCAGAUUUGACCACGCCUUUUAUUUACAUCUGAUGGGGCUGUGUGAAUGCAAUGAAUACCAUGGAGAGGAGCACCACUGCAAUGAGAGUCAUUAAUUGAUGAAUAAACCAAUAAAUGCAGUAUUAAUCAUAUGAAUCCGUGCCACUGCUGGGAUUAUUAAUUUACGGUGAUAAUGGCAGCUGUGAGUCUGACGGAUCCACUUUGCAAGCCUUGCUCUUACAGCCCACAUUUCAAAGUUGAGGUGUGCGUGAGGAAGCCCUUGAUGCCCAUCCACCUGAGCAGGGAGCAGGUGGCACUGGAAAUGCUAUGUCUUUGCAGCCAGAUGGACCUCCUGAUCAGAGCUCAGGUGCAUCAGUUUCAGGAGCAGCUCAAACAGGACACAAGUCCUGAAGAGUCUGAGAGUUUUCAAAAACAAGGGGCAGAGAUAAUAUAUCAGAUGAACCAGUGCCUUGAACAUCUCAAUGAACCGGUGCUUCAGCUUGAGGAGUAUUUGGAUGUUGUAGGAUUAUCUACUCUGUUCCCUCGAGUGGAAGUUUAUAUGAUACAUGGAAGCCCUGUUGACAUGUUGGAAAGACCACCUUCAGAUGUUUAUUUUCCUCAUAUUGGGAGGCUGAAUCAGCUGCUGGUUCUCAGUCAGCAGUUAGAUGAAGAUGUGAAGCAUCUGGGCAGUCAUAAGUACGUCGCACAUCAGCUAUCAGCAAUUUACCAAGUCCUAAACUCUCUCAAAGAUAUUGUGCCAUUAUCCGUCAUAAGAAAGGAUAUUGAGGCUAAUUUCAAGCAGCUGAAGAAGUCUCUUUCAAUAGAGGAGGGGUCCAAGCUGGAUCCUCAGUUGCCAGCACAUCGCGUGAGCUGGGUGUCAGAAUUAACACAAAACGUGAUAUCAGCGGUACUGUCACUCUCAGAAGAGCUCACCGAAGACCUCAGUCCAGUCAUGGAAUUUGUCUCUAACCUCUCGUAACAGCUAGAUCUACAGUGCCUGAAGCAGAUGGUGAGAAAUUGUCACGGAAUGAAGUGAUUCCCUGGAAAAAGGUUUUUUUGGGGGGGAGGGGGAGGGGGUAUUUAUUCAUCUGUACACACGCCACAGAUAAGACUGUGAUAAUGUGAUCCAGAUAUAUUUCAAGACCUUGAAAAAUGAAAAGAAAUAUGUUUACAUUCUGAGUACUACCACUUAUAAAUAAUUUAUUUUAACCAUUUUAGAUUUUUUUUUUGCAUUGUUGGAUCAUGAUUUUUGAGUUUUAAUAAAUGAAGAUGAUCAUUUCUAAAAAAAAAAAACCUUGUGCAAUAAUGUAUUUUUUAAUGCAUCUGUAUACUUGAAGUGACUGUUGCACAUGUUCUUUCCAUUCUGUACAUGAUGGUGCUAGCAUUGUUCAUCAGCAUCACACAUGAUUACAUAUCCAAAAUAAACUCAAACACGGUAAUCAGAAGGGAUUGUGGAU